GGCGGGCUAUGGGGCCGCGUGUGCUGCCGCCGCGGCUCCUGCUGCUGCUGCUGCCGGCGCUGCUGUGCGGAGCCGAGGAUGCCGCGCCCCCGUCGCUGCGCCGCACGCAGGCCACGCUCUUGCAGCCCGCCGUGACGAACGGGAGCCAGCCGGGCGCGCCGCACAACAGCACACACCCUUGGCCGCUGGGCUCGCCGGACUCGCCGCUUCUGCGUUCCCUCUACGUGGUCACGGGCCUCAUCUUCUUGGCCGUGCUCUACUUCCUCAUCCGGGCAUUCAGAUUGAAAAAGCCGCAGCGGAGGAGGUACGGGCUCCUGGCCAACACCGAGGACCCAACCGAGAUGGCAUCGCUGGACAGCGACGAGGAGACGGUCUUUGAAACAAGGAACCUGAGAUGAUGUACAGGUUGGGAAGGCAGCAUUUCCAGCGGCCCUGUGGGAAGGACAAGAGACAGGGCCCCUCCCAGUGCUUGGAACGCCCCGCUGA